UCUCUCUCUGUCUCUCUCUCUCUCGCUCUCUCUCCGUCUGUCUCCUCAUACUACAAUCACACAGCAUACAGUAUUGUACAAUAUUGUGCAUCUUCUCUACUGCAGGUCUCUCUUCAGUGGUUGCUAUGGUCUGUUUUUGCAUUGCUAUGGGAGCUAUGCUCUCAUUGGCUCUGCCUGACCUGGUUACCAUGGAGACGUGUACAUCGGCGGGGACGCCUGGACUGCAUGGUUUCCCAGGGUUACCAGGAAGGGACGGACGAGAUGGAGAGACGGGGGAGAAGGGAGUGCCAGGUGUUGUAUCUGGACCGGGCCAGAGACCAGAGGGGGGCCAGAAGGGGGAGCCGGGUGUGAAGGGAGCGGUUGGGAAGCUGGGUCGUAGCGGUGUGAGAGGAGAUAAGGGAUCCCCAGGGCCAGAGGGACCCCAGGGAGAGCCAGGGGAGUCGGGUUCAGCAGGCUCUCUGCUCCAUUCUGCCUUCAGCGUGGCCAGAGGCACCGCUAGCCCUCCAGAGAAGGCCAGCCCCAUCAGAUUUACCUCGGUCAUCACUGACGUUAACAAGGACUACAACACAGAGACGGGACGCUUCAGGUGCCGCGUGCCGGGGACGUACUACUUUGUGUACCACGCGUCGUCUGAGGAGAGACUCUGUCUGGUGUUCAAACUGGAUGGAACCAGUCUGGCCUCCUUCUGUGACCUGGUGUACGGGGGCACAAAGAGACAGGUGAAUUCGGGGGGUCUGGCUACGUACUUGAAGAAGGAUCAGGAGGUGUGGUUAGAGACCAACGAUUACAACGGCAUGACGGGAAAACCUGAAGGGAACAGUCUCUUCUCUGGCUUCCUGCUCUACCCUCACUAACCUGAAGGGAACAGUCUCUACUCUGGCUUCCUGCUCUACCCUCACUAACCUGAAGGGAACAGUCUCUUCUCUGGCUUCCUGCUCUACCCUCACUAACCUGAAGGGAACAGUCUCUUCUCUGGCUUCCUGCUCUACCCUCACUAACCUGAAGGGAACAGUCUCUACUCUGGCUUCCUGCUCUACCCUCACUAACCUGAAGGGAACAGUCUCUACUCUGGCUUCCUGCUCUACCCUCACUAACCUGAAGGGAACAGUCUCUACUCUGGCUUCCUGCUCUACCCUCACUAACCUGAAGGGAACAGUCUCUACUCUGGCUUCCUGCUCUACCCUCACUAACCUGAAGGGAACAGUCUCUACUCUGGCUUCCUGCUCUACCCUCACUAACCUGAAGGGAACAGUCUCUACUCUGGCUUCCUGCUCUACUCUCACUAACCUGAAGGGAACAGUCUCUACUCUGGCUUCCUGCUCUACCCUCACUAACCUGAAGGGAACAGUCUCUACUCUGGCUUCCUGCUCUACCCUCACUAACCUGAAGGGAACAGUCUCUACUCUGGCUUCCUGCUCUACUCUCACUAACCUGAAGGGAACAGUCUCUUCUCUGGCUUCCUGCUCUACCCUCACUAACCUGAAGGGAACAGUCUCUACUCUGGCUUCCUGCUCUACUCUCACUAACCUGAAGGGAACAGUCUCUACUCUGGCUUCCUGCUCUACUCUCACUAACCUGAAGGGAACAGUCUCUACUCUGGCUUCCUGCUCUACCCUCACUAACCUGAAGGGAACAGUCUCUACUCUGGCUUCCUGCUCUACCCUCACUAACCUGAAGGGAACAGUCUCUACACUGGCUUCCUGCUCUACUCUCACUAACCUGAAGGGAACAGUCUCUACUCUGGCUUCCUGCUCUACCCUCACUAACCUGAAGGGAACAGUCUCUUCUCUGGCUUCCUGCUCUACUCUCACUAACCUGAAGGGAACAGUCUCUACUCUGGCUUCCUGCUCUACUCUCACUAACCUGAAGGGAACAGUCUCUACACUGGCUUCCUGCUCUACUCUCACUAACCUGAAGGGAACAGUCUCUACUCUGGCUUCCUGCUCUACCCUCACUAACCUGAAGGGAACAGUCUCUACUCUGGCUUCCUGCUCUACCCUCACUAUAUCUCUCUCUCUAUCCCUCCAUCUAUCCAUCCAAUCAAUCAAUCAAUUAAUUAAUUACUUGAUAAUGUACUUAUAUUAUUCUGUUUUGAACAAUAAAGGCGUUUUAACUCAUGA